AUGCAGGAAGCAGCUGGAGUCCUGAAGGAGGGCUUCCUCGUCAAACGGGGACAUGUUGUUCGUAACUGGAAAGUGAGAUGGUUCGUUCUGCUUCAGGAUAAGCUCCUGUAUUACAAAAUUGAAGGAGGCAAGAAGGAGCCUUCUCCAAAGGGCAGGAUCCUUUUGGAUGGCUGCACUAUUACUUGUCCAUGCCUGGAAUAUGAGAACAGACCGCUACUCAUCAAACUAAAGACAAAAAACAACACAGACUAUUUCCUUGAAUGUUGCUCCAGGGAGGAGCGAGACUCUUGGGCUUUGGACAUCACUGGAGCUAUUCAUGCUGGUCACCCAGUACAGGUACAAGAGCUUCACAGAAUGAAGAACUCUUUCAAACUGCUAGAGAAUAUCAGCCUCCACCACAUAGUGGAGAGAAUGUGUGACAGCAGUACUGGAAUUAAGCUGACCCGCAACUUGGAGCAAGGCAACAGAUACAAAGAGACCUUCACAGGUUCUGCCCUGGUGGACUGGCUCAUCUCCAAUAGCUUCGCUGUGUCACGGUUCGAGGCUGUCACCUUGGCAUCCAUGCUGAUGGAGGAGAACUUCGUCAAGCCUGUGGGAGCCCGCAGCACUGAGGCCACACGCUAUGGUGACCUCUCCGAGCAGUUCCUCGACGACUCCACCGCACUGUACAUGUUUGCUGAGACCACUAAGAAAAAUACCAGUUCCAAGGAAGAGCUACAAUUUAAUAUCUCUGAAUUAAGUGGCACAAUUGUGAAGCAAGGAUUCUUAGUGAAACAGGGGCACAAGAGGAAAAACUGGAAGGUGAGAAGAUUUGUUUUGAGAGCUGAUCCUGCUUUUUUGCACUACUAUGACCCCACUAAGGUAU